AUGUCACAAGCAGGGAGCGCAACUUCCGAGUCGGAGUAUUCGAUCGCAUCGGACGACUUCGACAUCUACUCCAUUGACGGCAGCGAAUUCGACGACGACGACGAUUCGGGCAGCUACGUGGACGAGAGCGCUCAGGACGUCCACCAUGCCAUGCAGUGGUCGCAAGCUGAACUGUACUUUGAGAACCUCACCAAGACAGACCUUCUCGGCGGGGGCAAAGCGAUCCGCUUCUCCACUCGCAGCAUCCGCACGAUCCAGGCCUUUUGCGCAAGACAGCAAGUCUCGGCACGAAACAAGCCCACUCCUGCACUGUUGAACUCGCUCCUUCAUGCUCUCGACGCACCCCACGAUGCUUCGGUGCGGGCGUGGGAGGCGAUGGGCGGCAAAGUGCUCCGGGCAAUCGACUACCACGUGAGCAACAAUGUCCAAAACCAAGCACUGCGCGAAGUCCCAGGAAGCGAUCGGGUCUGGGUGUGCACGUGGAAAGAGUGGAGCAAGCGCUGGCUUCAGCACGACUGGGACGGAGAUGUGCGAGAGCCUGACGAUGUGGAGGAGCACGAGAUGCGCGUGCGCCCAGCGUUUGGUCUCCGGCACGCCAUGAGCGCAUCGCAGCUGGCUGCCGCCGCCGCCGCUUUGCACCGUCGUGCCAUGGCGAAGGCGGAGAGCGAUGAGAAGGAGGAGGAGGGCAGUGACGGCCAUGAGGUGGAAAGCGGUGAUGCCGAUGAUGAGGAGAGCGACGACGAUGAUCGCGAGGACGAGUGGGAGGAUUGA